AUGCUCAACCACGUGGACGACGUUUUUUCUUCUUUUUUUUUUCUUCCUAUCUGCUCGCCUUCUGGCUGGCUUGUUUCUUUGUGCUUGCUAAACUUUCUGUGUUUUCACAGAGAAUGGCCCCCACCGCCAAAAUCUACUAAUCUGGACGUCCCACACAUUAUAUGUCUAGGCCUUGUCGGAUUACAACACAGAGGUCAGGAGAGUGCAGGAAUUGUAACCAGUUAUGGCAGGGAAAUGGAAUUUGUCCAAAAGAAAGGUAUGGGUUUGGUGAACACAAUCUUCACAGAACAAGAUAUGUUACGGAUGCGUGGAAAUUUGGGAAUAGGAGAGUUAUUAGCAAGAACGAGAGUGCUAACAGCAACCAAAGAUGAAAGUCAGGAUGUAGUUGCGACUGUGUGCCCACCCCGUAGUGACGGUGCGUCUCCCACAAAGAGUGGCCCACUCACCAGUGGGACAUGCUUCAGGUGCAGCGUCAAAGGCCACAUAGCAAAAGACUGCCAGAAGCACAGAACACGCUGCUAUUGA